CAACCAACCUGAUCUGUUGACUGUUGAAGGCUUCUGCUUUGGACAAAAUGUUAACCCAAAGGACAGGUGUGGCGGUCCUCUUCUUGUUUUCCCUGUCAACUCCAGACUGCAUGGCCGCCGGCGUGGACAAAAAGGCGUUUGACUUGUGUGUGACGUCUCGGAGGCGAGUGGAAGACCUUUCCUAUCAUAAUCUAACCUCUGUUCCGUUAAAUCUCCCUCACACCACCGAGUAUCUGGACAUCUCUCACAACUCUAUUCAAAGAUUUGCCAAAGGUGCUUUCCACCGACUGUCUCAACUGUGUUUUUUGAAGGCGACUCAUUGCGGCCUCAGGGAAAUUUCUCACAGUGUGUUUACACACACUCCAGCGCUCAAAGUUCUCAAUAUAUCCAACAAUGAAUUAACUAUUAUUCCGGAUUUUUCGCUGCAGCAACUGACCAUCUUGGAUUUGGCAGACAAUGUUUACAAUAGCUAUAAGCUACCGGAGUCUUUUCAGAACCUUACAAAUCUGAAAGUACUGUCCUUAGGAAGUAAAACAGCUCAGUCUGUGGAUUUAAAUGACUUCACAGCGCUAAUGAACAUCCCCUUGCAUCAUUUGCUUCUGGGUGCAGGUGUUCCCUGGCAAAAGUAUGAAUCAGGAGCUCUUGGAAAACUGUCCCUGCAGAAAAUAUCUCUUUUUGCGUCGUUUUGCAAGCGCUUUGAUAUGUUCCACAACCUUCUGGUGGAUCUGAAUACGACACGAGUGAAGGCCUUGAGGUUCAGCCCAGUGUUCCCAGAUGACUGCAGAGUCACUGACGAUGCCUUCCUAAAUCUGAGAACAAUGUCUUACGUGCAAAACCUCACCAUCGAGAACACGUGGAUAAACAGUUCGUUCAUGGAGAUGUUGCUCAAGGACGUUUGGCUCUCAUCUCUUCAGGAUCUGUCAUUUGUCAACAUCACGUACAAUGAAGAUACACCGGAUGGGUUUCAGUUCCACAGCCUCAAUCACACAGUAAGUGUUCGCUAUGUGACGUUUGAUGGCAUCCAUCAUUAUCAGUAUAAAUACCCCAUAAUUAACACAAGCUUUGAGAACUUGGCAAAUCUCAGCUAUCUAAAGUUCUCUGGGAGCGGAAUGAACAUUUUACCCUGCAAACUCCUGUCCACCAUGCCGUCUUUAGAAACCCUGGACGUGUCAGAUAACCUCCUGAAGGAUUUAGGCUUCUGGUGGCCUACUUGUUCGUACACCUCCGUCUUUCCAAAACUGAAGCGCUUAUUAAUGAGUAAAAACCGCUUUCAGGACCUAGCAUUCAUCUCAAAAAAGACCCAUCAGAUGAACUCUCUCGAGUCUUUAGAUUUGAGCUCAAAUUCCAUUGAAUUGAAGGACAACUGCUCUUGGCCCACGUAUCUGACUGAACUCAAUCUAGCGAAUAACAAUCUCGGAAACAACAUUUUCCAGUAUCUGUCACCACAUUUUGAGCGGAUCGACUUAUCAAAAUCGGGAAUAACGGCUUUAACCCAAGAGGACCUGUGCCGGUUCCCAAAACUGACCCACCUUCUGCUCAGUUCCAACAUCAUCCAAGCGCUCCCUGAGCUACUCCAUGCCCCUGCUCUAAUUAGUCUCCACGUGGACCAGAAUGCCAUCACAGCUUUUUCCAAGAAUGUCUUAGGGGGACUUCCCAAGCUUCGCAACCUCAAAGCUGGAAACAAUCCCUUUAUAUGCUCCUGCGACCUCCACUGGUUCCUCACUGCCUUAAACAAGUCCUUACUCUUGGACUGGCCCUUGGACUAUUAUUGCAGCACCCCAGCAAAGUUGGCAGGCCUGCCUCUCUCUGAGUACAAAACCAGCGUGAUCUCAUGCGAUACACGACUCCAGACUGCAGUCGCAUUCUCAGUGAUAAUCGUCAUAUCUACAGCCCUGGGCCUGCUUUUCUACAAACUGGAUGGCGUGUGGUACACCAAGAUGUUAUGGGUAUGGAUUAGGGUGAAGAGGCGAGGCAAAAAACACUCACACAUGCUGAAGAACAUGUCGUUUUCCCACCACGCGUUCAUCUCCUACAGUCACCGAGAUGCCAACUUUGUACAAAGUACACUGGUGCCCUCUCUUGAGAAUGCAGGGCUUUUAUUAUGUGUCCACGAACGAGAUUUCGUACCAGGCCAUUGGAUAAUCGACAACAUCAUCAACUGUGUAGAGUCCAGCUACAAAACGCUAUUUGUCCUCUCCAAACAUUUUGUCCAAAGCGAAUGGUGCAACUACGAGCUUUUCUUUGCCCAGCACAGAGCCAUCGACAUCCAGCAGGACUCGCUGGUUUUCAUCCUAUUGGAACCAAUCCCCACUGAUUCUUUGCCCAAGAAGUACUUGAGACUUCGAAGUUUGCUGAGGCGGCAGACGUACCUGGAGUGGCCGACAGAUGAGCGGAAGCAGCAGGUUUUUUGGGCGAGUCUUAGGUCCAUGCUGCACGUGGCAGACAAAUCUGUGGUUUUAAGGGACGUGGCAUUGGCAAUUUCGGAUACCGCCACACUAAUCACAAACCAAGGUUAACGGCAUAUACAGUGCAAUGCGUUUAAGUCGGUCUUGUUUAUGUUGACAACCCGUCUAUAUGGACCAAUUCCUCAUGUCCUGAUCCACUAACAAAAAGUACCCGCUUAAGUCGGCAUACCUGGCAUGCGUUGUGGUAUUGUUAACUUUAUUAUUAUGGCUAAGCAGCCUGAAUCAACAACAUACCUGUUAGUACUGUCUAGUUACACAGCAUUAAACAUGCGCACAGUGACUUCCUGUUCAAAGCAAAAUAAGCUUCAAAAUAAAAGCAUUAACCUGGAUUUUGCCAAAAAAAAACAAAAAAACACUCAUUUUGAUCUUGCUUUUAGCGUUUUAGCCACCGGAAAUAACGUACGGUCAUAAAUGUGUGCAAACUUUAGUCAAGGCAUACAUGGAAUAACUGCAGCAAUUAUGUAAGAUAAGAGUAUACAAUAUCUUAUGAAAACAGAAAUUAAAUAGAAAUAAGCAAAAAUGGAGGGAAGUCACAUCAACAAACUCCUUAUGUCUCUGCCCAAAGACACAAGUAAUUGUGCAAGCAUUGGAUAGUUUCGGUUUCGAUUUUGGUUAUGUAGACACCGCUUAUGUUGACCAAAAGUCUGCUAGCCCGACUUAAAUGGAUUUCACUGUAUAGAAAAGCUGUGCAUGAGUAUUUUUGUAAAUAUUAAACUACUGCAUUUAAUUACAUGCAAACUUCAGUAUUUUUAACCAACCAUCAAUAUUUCUGCAAAGGACUUGUUUUUUGUUUUGCAAAUGACUUUUUCAAAAUGUUAAUUCGAAUUCAGGAAAUCUCCUGUUUUGUUAACACAUUUAUAUUUGUGCAAUUAUUUCAUGUUUAAUUUCCUUUUUAUUUUUGUUCCAUGAUAUUCUCUGUGUAGUACUAGCUUGAGUGUGCAUUACAUCAGUGGUACUCUUACCGCACUUUGAUAAUCAUGCCUGACUGACUGAGUUACUGUUUGUGCUAAUGUGUUUUUAGUGAGAAAUUAGCCAAAAAUAAAUGGCUAACCAAA